UGGGAGACAUUUUCUUUCUUUCUUUCUCCCCUCAGCUCUCUUCAUACCACCGCGAAACACUGAAACGUUGUCCUCCAGCCUGCUGCUGCCUGACGUGUCUCAAAGCGGCUGAGUUUGACUCCGCCCACCGAGACUCGGUCCUCUUUCACGUCCGCCGAACCGCUUUAACAUCAGCCGGUCAAACGGCGGGAAUCUCACUGUUUAUGACGAUCACACUGAUCUCGAUCAACCAUGUCCGGCAGAGGAAAAGGCGGGAAGGGUCUCGGUAAAGGAGGCGCGAAGCGGCACCGUAAAGUUCUCCGUGACAACAUCCAGGGGAUCACCAAACCCGCCAUCCGCCGUCUGGCUCGCCGCGGCGGAGUGAAGCGGAUCUCCGGUCUGAUCUACGAGGAGACCCGCGGGGUGCUGAAGGUGUUCCUGGAGAACGUGAUCCGGGACGCCGUCACCUACACCGAGCACGCCAAGAGGAAGACGGUGACCGCCAUGGACGUGGUGUACGCGCUGAAGAGGCAGGGCCGCACCCUGUACGGCUUCGGAGGCUAA